AAAGUCGUCGGCGGAAGAGAUAGUCAUGGCGUCGACGAGUCGCAUUGAUGCACUUCCGAAGGUAACUUGCCCAAAUCAUCCUGAUGCCCUUCUCGUAGAAGAUUAUAGAGCUGGGGAUAUGAUUUGUUCAGAGUGCGGAUUGGUAGUGGGUGAUCGUGUUAUUGAUGUUGGGUCUGAAUGGAGAACAUUUAGCAAUGAUAAAGCCGCUGCUGAUCCUUCUCGAGUUGGAGAUGCCCAAAAUCCUCUCUUGAGUGGGGGAGACUUGACUACAAUGAUUGGCAAGGGGACUGGUUCUGCAAGCUUCGAUGAAUUUGGAAACUCCAAAUAUCAAAAUCGCAGGACUAUGAGCAGUUCUGACAGGGCAAUGAUGAAUGCUUUCAAAGAAAUAACAAACAUGUCAGACAGAAUCAACCUUCCUCGCAAUAUCAUUGAUCGGACUAAUAAUUUAUUUAAGCAGGUAUAUGAGCAAAAAAGUCUAAAAGGGAGGAGCAACGAUGCUAUAGCUUCUGCAUGCCUCUAUAUCGCCUGCAGACAGGAAGGAGUCCCUAGAACAUUUAAAGAAAUCUGUGCUGUAUCAAGAAUUUCCAAGAAGGAAAUUGGCAGAUGUUUUAAACUCAUCCUGAAAGCUCUUGAGACAAAUGUGGAUUUGAUAACGACCGGAGAUUUUAUGUCCAGGUUCUGCUCAAAUCUGGGCCUUACCAAACAGGUGCAAAUGGCAGCUACUCACAUUGCACGCAAAGCUGUGGAGCUUGACUUGGUUCCGGGGAGAAGUCCAAUCUCUGUGGCAGCCGCUGCCAUUUACAUGGCAUCACAAGCAUCUGCGGAGAAGAGAACCCAAAAGGAAAUCGGUGACAUUGCAGGAGUAGCGGAUGUGACCAUCAGACAAUCUUACAGACUGAUCUACCCACGGGCCCCAGACUUGUUUCCUGCAGACUUCAAGUUUGACACACCAGUUGACAAAUUACCUCAACUAUAAACUCGCCUCUGAUUGGUUCUCAAAUGUUUGACCUAUUACAUCCUCUUUAUUUAAAUGUUUUCAUGCUGAGCCAUCAGAAUAAAACUGGGUUUCUUCUGCUGCAUAUUUCUAACUCUGCACAUUCCAAUCUGGUACAUACAGGUGGCUUCAAUAUUCCAAUAGAGCAAAGGUUCUGGGGUUUCUUUUGGAAGCGGCAAAAAAAUAAUUGAAAGGUCUGUAAAUUGUCAUUUCCCAGAGCAGCGCAGUUUGUGUCAGCUGGGAUGUGAUGGGAGUGAAAUAAGUCGGGUCCCUAGGGAAGGAGUUUUGUAUGGACUCUCUGUAGAAACCCAGUAUUUCUUUUACCCUUUAUUGUAAUGUAAAGUUUACAGUGGACUUGUCAUUUUGUAAAUUUUUAUGAAUGUUGAGUACAUUUUCUAUUUAAUAUAUGAUUUAUCCUAAUGCCAAAUGGGCAACUGUGACCUUUCUCUCUCUCUCUCAUUACUUAAUGCCACUUACCUGAUACCAAUGGUAACAACAAUAGCCGUCAGAAGAAUUAUUGGGGGGUGUAAAAUGUUUUGCUUAACUUUGUAAUAUUUUGUUACAAUGCUAAACCCAAUGUUGCUCAUAUUUGCAGUAGCAGAUCCUCUUGCCGGGCUUUGUAGUAAAGGAUUUUUUUUUUGGCUUUUCA